AAUUUCGAUAGCGUAAAUCCAAAAUGCGGAGCCACUAACUCUAAAAAGAUUAAAGAACUGCCUCCAUUUGGAUCCCAUGACGUGUAUUGUAAUCUCCGUUACGUCUUCGUCCAGUUUCCUUGAUUCCCGUCUUUCCCGUCUGGGAUUCGUAUUUUCAUCGAUAGUUUCCCUCACUCAGGAAAUUUUUUGAAUUUUGUCGAAACAAGACCUGCGAAUCUUUGGUUGUGGUGUUUAUUGCAUUCCAUAACUCCCUUAACGGCCGGCGGGAACUAGGGUUCGGUUUUGUUUUUACUCGCAACGGAAAUACAAUCAUUUUCUGAUUCUCCGGCAGCCAUGACGUUCCAAUAUUAACUGCUAAAGCGAUAUUUUCACGGCUAUCAACAAUUUGGAUAUUCACUUUAAGUUAUAAUAAAUCGGAAGAAGCAGAUGUUCUUCUAUUCGUCUCUUGAGCAAUUUUUCUGGAGGAAGAUCGGCAAUUGCUGAGGCUUGAUUGGAUGAGGAAUCCUGCAGACAUGGUUGUUCGAAGUUCGCUUGAAGAGAUGCUUGAGUCUCUGCAGCGGAGAGAUGAGAAGCCGAAGGAUGUGCCCCCGGCGUUACCGAGCCGGCCUACGUCUAGAGGGCGACUGCCAUCUGCGAGAAGGUCGCUUCCGGUCAACUUCAAGGUAGAAAAUGCCAUGUCGGGAACCCUGGCAUGGAGUCAAGAGAAGGAGACUGAAGAAACAGAGGCAGUAUUGAAUUGUGGAAUCUUUGGGCAGAACGCGAAGGUGGUGCAGGAGGAAUCUCCGUACGCUAAGUUGCCGGAAUUAGAGAGUUACGAGGAAAGGUCGGAAGAAGAUGAUGUCUUCCAUUCUUCAGCGGCACUUUCAGAUUCAGCUGUCAGGUUUAACGCGAACUUAAGGUCAGGAGAGAGCGGACAGAAUAUGAAUUUUGUCUUGAAAAAGAAGCUUCGUGUUUGGUGUCACUUUCCAGAUACCGGCUGGGAGCUGGGAAAUGUUCAAUCUCUGUCAGGACAACUUGCGAACAUUUUUCUUUCCGAUGGCAAAAUAUCGACUGUUCAUGUUGAAAGAUUGUUACCAGCGAAUCCAAAUAUCCUUGAUGGGACAGAUGACCUUAUACAGCUCAGUUACUUGAAUGAACCCUCUGUUCUCCACAGCCUUAAGAGAAGAUAUGCUGAUGAUAUGAUUUAUACAAAAGCAGGGCCUGUUUUAGUUGCAGUCAAUCCCUUGAAAAAGGUUCAUAUCUGUGGAAGUGACUUUCUUGGAGCCUAUCAGAAUAAAACUCUUGAUGGCCCACAUGUUUAUGCUGUAGCAGAUGCUGCUUACAGUAAAAUGAUGAGAGAUGGAAUAAACCAAUCUGUCAUAAUAAGCGGUGAAAGUGGAGCUGGUAAAACUGAAACAGCAAAAAUAGCGAUGCAGUAUCUGGCUGCCCUUGGGGGUUGCAGUGGGAUAGAACAGAGAGUUCUGCAUACAAACUCCAUUCUGGAAGCAUUUGGGAACGCCAAGACAUUAAGAAAUGACAAUGCCAGUAGAUUUGGAAAGCUAAUUGAGAUACAAUUUAGUGCAUCUGGGAGAAUUUGUGGGGCUAAAAUUCAAACCUUUUUACUUGAAAAGUCUAGGGUGGUUCAGCGUGCAAUAGGUGAAAGAUCAUACCACAUUUUCUACCAACUUUGUGCAGGAGCUCCCUUAGUUCUUAAAGAUAAGUUCAACCUGAAGUCUGCGCAUGAAUAUGAAUACUUAAACCAAAGUGACUGUUUAAGUAUCUCCGAAGUUGAUGAUGCUCAGAUGUUUCACGUGCUGAUGGAAGCAUUUGACACUGUUCGAAUCUGCAAGGAGGAUCAGGAGAAUGCAUUUGCAAUGAUUGCAGCACUAUUGUGGUUAGGCAAUGUGAAGUUUGAAGUAAUUGACAAUGAGAAACAUGUCCAAGUUAUUCUUGAUGAUGGUGUAAAAAACGCAGCUAAGUUGAUGGGCUGUGAAGUUGAUCAACUCAUGCUAGCUUUAUCAACUCGCACGAUUCAAGCGGGGGUUGAUAGCAUUGUCCAAAGAUUGACAUUACAACAGGCCAUGGACACUCGUGAUGCAUUAGCAAAAUCAAUUUAUGAUAGCUUGUUUGAGUGGCUGGUUGACCAAAUCAAUAUCUCACUUGAAGAUGGGAAAAGGCGUGAUGGAAGAUCCAUUAGUAUUCUAGAUAUUUAUGGGUUUGAAUCAUUUGACAGCAACCAUUUUGAACAAUUUUGUAUUAAUUACACUAACGAACGGCUGCAGCAGUACUUCAAUCGGCAUCUUUUUAAGCUUGAGCAGGAGGAAUAUACUCAAGAUGGCAUUGACUGGAACAAUAUUGAUUUCAUUGACAACACCGAAUGUCUGAAUCUUUUUGAGAAGAAGCCUCUGGGGAUAUUGUCUUUGUUGGAUGAAGAGUCGAACUUUGCCAAAGCAACUGAUUUAACUUUGGCAAUCAAGCUUCAGAAACAUUUGAGCAGUAAUCCAUGCUUUAAAUUGGGGAUGGAUGGUGCUUUUAAAAUUCUCCAUUAUGCUGGCGAGGUUGUGUAUGACACAAGUGGCUUCUUGGAGAAGAACAGAGAUCCACUUUACUCAGACUUAGUUCAGCUGCUUCAAUCAUGCAGCUGUCAACUCCUUCGAACAUUUACUUCCCACAUGCUUAAUCAAUCUCAAAGGUCUACCAGCCCUCUGUGGUUAAAUGGUGUUGAUUCCCAGAAGCAAAGUGUGGGAACAAAGUUCAAGGCUCAAUUGUUUAGACUGAUGCAGCGUUUGGAGAAUACAACUCCUCAUUUCAUUAGAUGCAUUAAACCAAAUAGGAAGCAACUUCCUGGCAUGUUUGAUAAUGAUGUUGUCUUAGAACAACUUAGAUGCUGUGGAGUAUUAGAAGUUGUAAAGAUAUCCAGAUCAGGCUAUCCCACUCGAAUUACACAUCAGCAAUUUGCAGAGAGGUAUGGCUUCCUUCUUUUGGACAACAUAGAUUUUCAGGAUCCACUUAGUGUUUCCAUCUCCAUUCUGCAUCAGUUCAAAAUUCUACCACAGAUGUAUCAAGUUGGUUACACCAAGCUAUUUUUCCGCUCAGGACAGAUUGCUGCGCUGGAAAAUGCUAGAAAGAAUACUAUUGGAAGGAUAGUAUGGGUUCAGAAACAGUACCGUGGUCUGCGGGCUCUUCGCCGCUUCCAAGAGCUUAAGCAAGCAGCGAUCAUACUUCAAUCAUUCAUCCGUGGUUAUUUGGCAAGAAAGAAAUUUUGUUAUCUCAAAAGCAAUGGAAGGGAAAAGCUUUAUCAUGAAAAAAUCAAUGGGAAGAUUCACAAAAUUCUUCAUGAAAGAAAGGAUUCUUAUGAGAAGAAUGCUCAGGUGCACGCUUCAGCUUUAGCAGAGCUUCAGAGGCGAGUUCUGCAAGCAGAGGCAUUGCUGAGCCAAAAAGAGGAUGAGUGUGCUGCUUUGCGAGAGAAACUUCAAGUAUCUGAUAUCAGAUGGUUUGAGAAUGAUGUAAAGAUGAAAUUCAAGGAGGAGAUAUUGCAGAAACAAAUAACUUCGUUGCAAUUGAGCUUAGCAGCAUCUAAGACAAGCCAACCUUGUGGAAGGCCAGUCUUAUCACCAGUUCAUCAUAAUCAUCACAAUUAUGACUCAGAAGAUGGUAUUUCUACCAGGAUGCAUACACCAGACGCCACCCCACCGAGGCAAUUUCCUGUGGCAGCUUCUGCACCUGCAAGAGAUUAUGAGUGCAGAAAUGACAAAGUUGGGCUUCUUGCAAUAGAGUUAGAGCAGAGAAUGCAUGUUUUUGAGAAUGAAGCUCGACUCAUUGGCCAACUUAACCCAGAAGAAGAGUUCCGAAGGCUGAAGGUUAGGUUCAAUGCAUGGAAGAAGUAUUUCAAGGCCCAAUUAAGGGAAACUAAGGCGGUUCUCCGCAAGUCUGGGCUGUUUGAAGGGGUUAAAAAACAAAAAAGAUGGUGGAUCAAGAGGGCUAUAAAAAUUUAGGUACUUACUAAUGAGUACUUCUUGUUCAUAGCUAUCUUGAUUGGCAUUGAAGCGUCAAGCGAUGUGCGGACAUCGAACACAGAGAUUCAUCCGGAUUUCUCUCUGUCUAUAAUAAAAGCUCAGUCAAAGUGCAACAGUAACUACGCUUUAUUGUAGACAGAGAGAAAUUCGGAUGUAUCUCUCUGUCAGGUGACCGGACCUAAUAAUUUUCCCAUAUAUGGACACACGAGCAACUACUACAUCUAUGAACUGGGAGUUAAGAAGCUUGCUGACCGCAUAACCUUUGAUGCUGGUGCAUCUGCCCCUGGAGCUGUGAACAAGUGAAGAAUAGGGAACAGAGUAACAGACUUGUCUUUUAGUUUAUUGAUUUUUUUUUCUUUUUGGUUGGGGGAAGUAGAGCUGCAGGUUUUUUAGCUAAGGUUUUAUUUGGGACGGCUUUCUUAUUGCUUUUUAAAGCAGCUUUCUAGUACAAAAAUUUUAAUAGUUGUACUAAAAAGUUGUUUUAAGAAACAAUAAAAAAGUUGUCUCAAACGAAACCUAAAUGUAUAUAAAGAAUUGUAGAUAUCUUCCAAAAGUGGGAGAUAAAUUGCAGGAUUAGUAUUCCUUAUGAGUCUGUAUGUUGAUUGUAUCAUAAUCAAAGAAAUGAGAUUCUGUAACCGAAGACAAAAUGUACAGGUGUUUUACAUGUUAAAUUAUUACCAUUCCCGAUUGAUUUA